GUAACAUGGUAGAAUGGAGAUAGUUGUGGUUAGUUGUGUGCGUUGUGUGUGCUUUUGUCAAUGUUGUGUACGACAUUGAUGAAUGCGGUAGUGAUUUUUGAGAGCUCCAACUUUCAGUAUCGUUUGUUUUCGCGUAAUUAUGUCAACUAAGUAUGAGUCAACCAAUAACAUUACAAGCAGUGAAGAUCUUGUACCAGAGAAAUCCAAAUUUCGAACGCCCACUUUUAUAUACGUGUUGACAUUUCUGAGCACAAUUGGAGGCUUUUUGUUUGGCUAUGAUACGGGUGUGGUUUCGGGUGCUAUGCUCAUCAUUAGGGAUGAAUUCAAGCUGUCUACAGAAUGGCAUGAAUGUAUCGUGUCCUCAACAAUCGCCGCUGCUUGGAUGUUUUCACUCAUCGGCGGAUGGCUGACAGAUAAACUUGGUCGGAAACCUGUGAUCCUGCUGGCAAGCAUCGUCUUCUCGGCUGGCUCCAUUAUCAUGGGCCUGGCAAACGGGAAAGAAGUCCUCCUGGCCGGGCGUAUCAUCGUCGGCAUCGGCAUUGGUGUGGCAAGCAUGAGUGUGCCUGUAUACAUAGCAGAGAGUGCUCUUCCAGAAGUUCGUGGUCGUUUUGUUACUCUGAACACCAUAUUCAUCACUGGGGGUCAGUUCAUUGCCUCUGCUGUUUGUGGUGGAUUUAGUUCUCAUCCUGAUGGUUGGAGGUACAUGCUUGGUUUAGCUGCGGUUCCAGCUAGUAUACAAUUUUUUGGAUUUUUAGGAAUGCCAGAAAGUCCUCGGUGGUUGGUCUCUAAGAAAAAGUAUGAUGAAGCCUUGAAGGUACUGAGAUCAAUUCGAGAAGAAGACUUUCCUAUUGAAGAAGAACUGGAAAGCAUUAAAGAAGCAUGUAUGGAUGAGGAAAAUGAGUUACAAGUACGAAUACGAUCAGGAAGUAGCAGCUCUCUCUGGUUAAAAAUCCUCACCACAAAGGCUACCCAAAGGGCUUUGCUUCUUGGCUGCCUACUUCAAGGCAUACAGCAGCUCUCUGGAAUCAACACUGUCAUGUAUUACAGUGCAAGUAUUAUUCAAAUGGCAGGAGUGAAAGAUUACUCUAUUGCCAUUUGGCUAGCUUGUGCAACAGCAUCUGUAAAUUUCUUUUGCACCUUCAUUGGCCUGUUUCUUGUGGAACGAGUUGGAAGGAGACCACUUACACUUUGGUCUCUUGGAGGUGUCGUCAUUUCAUUAAUUAUUUUGGGAGUUGGAUUCCACUUAAUGACACUUGAUGCACCCCCUGUGACACUAACAGGGAACAGUAGCUGCUCAUUGGCUAGGACUUGUACGGACUGCAUAAGCAAAAAUUGCGGUUUCUGUUAUUGGGAUUUGCCUUCUGGAAUAAUUAAUGGAUCCUGCUGGGCACAAAAUCCUGUUGAUCCAUUCUCUUACCCAGAGAUGGGCAUGUGCAGUAAUGCGACAGUAAUGAGAGAGAACACAGAACUCACAUGGGCUGUGGACUGGUGUCCAUCAAGGUAUUCCUGGGUAGCAGUUGCAGCACUUGGAAUCUAUUUGCUCUUCUUUGCACCAGGUAUGGGGCCAAUGCCGUGGACAAUCAACUCUGAAAUAUAUCCUAUGUGGGCUAGAAGCUCAUGUAACAGUGUUGCCACAUCAACAAACUGGUUGUUCAAUCUUCUCAUCUCUAUGACUUUCCUAACACUAACACAGGUGCUCACCAGAGAAGGGGCCUUCUACCUGUAUGCUGGUUUUGCUGGACUUGGACUAAUUACCUUGCUGUUCCUUUUACCAGAGACAAAAGGAAGAUCUCUGGAAGAAAUGGAGACUGUAUUUUCUGGACCCUGGUGUAUGAAUUUUGGUUCCUCAGACCCAAAAAAUAUUCAUGAAAUUUCCUUUGCUCCAAACUGCAGUAAUUUGAAAAUUAAGCAUCAAACAUACAUCACAGAUAAAGUAUCAAAUCCUCUUUUAGUUAUCGAGCCAGUGUGAAAAAAAGUAGUCGCUGUGACCAGUCACAUGUAAAUUAUGUCCUGUGAAUUUCAAACUUCGCAGAGCAACACAAGGAUGGCAGUGCAUCAUGGACAUGACAUAAUGCUUCAAGAUGGAAAUAUGAAACUCCUUUUUAAUUUAGUGAAUAGUAAGAUGUCUCAAUGGAACAUUUAUAUUGCUAUUGUUAUUGCAAUAUCAUGAUUGCUGCUGUUUGAUGUCUGAACAAAGUAACCUGUAAAGCGAGAAACAGUGCCUGAAGAUAUUACUUAUAUAGGGUAGACAUGUAUGCUUGUUUCAGAACACAUUUUGUUUCCACAUUCCAAUAGAAUUAAAUAUAUAUGUUUUGAUAAGCAUUUUUGACAAAUGAGUGCAUGUAGAAACAGAGUGUUUUGGAAGCAUACGUAUUUAAUGUGCUUGAAAUAAGCUCAACCAAUGGCUGCAUACAUCAUGAAGUAAACACAGACUAAUAAGGUUGCAGCUCUUGUUGCCUGUGUUAUUCUUUUUGGAUUAGUUUGUGUAUAUAUGUUCCAUGGUUUUUAAAGUAUUUUUAUAUCAUAUUUAUGUUUUUGUUGGUGGCUUCUUCAGAAGCCACCAACAUCCAUGGAUGUGAAGUGAAUAAAUAAAUAAAUAAAUAAAUAAAAGGGCUCAGCUCCAUGAGUGAGUCAGCGAGAGUGAACUGAGUGAAUUCCUCUUCCAGGAUUCUCUCUUCUGUAAUUGUCUUGAUUUAUGUUAUUGUUCUUCUUUCAUUUUAUCUAGUAUGUGUUGUUCUAACUUAUCAAAAUUGCAAUUGUAAAAUCAAUUUAACAGUUAUUUAAGUAUCAGUGUAAGGUUGAAAAGUAUUCCAUUGAAACACAGAAAUGUUAAGAAAAUAUUAUUGUUGCAUAGAUUGUAUGUAUGUAUAUCCAGUUUUGAUAUCUGUUAUGGACAGUGUUGCCAGAAUUCCACAGGCAAAUAUCUCUGUGGCCAAUGAGUGAAGUAUACAUGCCCAUUUGAAUAAUCAGUGCAUUGGCAAAGAACAAACAUGAAUAUAUUCUCUUCAAGGAAUGCAUCCUGUUGUGUUACCCUAUACUUCAUUAUUAUUUUCCGUCUCAACACAACAACUAUCAAAGUCACAUUCAUAUUUAAUGCAUGAAAUGAGUUUAUUCAUUUUAAUACUAUGACAGUGUGCUAUAUGUUUUGGCUUAGAAAGCCAUCAUCAGGCAGAUACACUAACAAUUUUUUUUGUUGACUCUUCUCAACACCUGAUUCAAGUGCUUUCCAUCAUCAAAAUCUAUUGGAUCACUUCCUUCAAUCCAGGCGAGCCCAAAAUGUGUGAUUAUGUUUUGUCCCUUGAAGUACCUUUCCUUCAUCCCUUCACUGCAGUUAGAAAAGUUUACCUGCAGAAGGUCAUUAGGAUCAGAGGUCUGUUCCAACACUUGCAUUGCGAAAAACUCUGUAUGCCAUGUUUGUCUAACCACAGCCUCUUCCUGCAUCAGUGCCUCAGUUACAGUUGUCAGAGUGAGGUAUUCUUUCAAUGACUGACCAUGGUGGGAGUAUAUGAAGUAUUGGAUAACACAACAGGAUGCAUUCCUUGAAGAUUAUAAAUACUAGUCAUGCAAGUAGCAUAUAUAAGUACAUGAACACAAAGCUUAAACUACUGAAUUGCAUUUCAUUUUAUUGAAUUUGAAUAUAGUCAGCUAUGUUAGUAAUAGUUAUUAUAUUGUCAUAUGUAGUGGGGUAUGCGUGACGAAAAUAAUGGGUUGUAGUUCAGAUGAUUGGAUUUAUUAG